UGCCAAAUGGUAUGGUACCACUGUCUUAGUCUCUAGACGUGAGGUUCAUUUUAAUUAAUUGACAUAGUUACAUACAUUCUGACCUCUAGACUGAACUCUGGCAUCAAAUAGAGCACGUGUCUACACACUCGUACUGUACCGACAUAACAGUCUACCACAAAGUUACAAUUAGACCGAGUCUAUUAACGCGAAUUUUUAAACUAGAGUAGAUCUACCCAUGAAAGUCACAAUAUUUGUUUCGAAAAAUUGUUUAACAGUCUAGAUUAUCUAAGUAGAUGGUCCAUUCAGCCUGUAUGUAAUACAAAAUAUGAAUAGAGAGGAUGCAUGCAAGGUACAUGUAUCGACUAAUUAAUUAACGGCUGUUGGGGUGCGAUCGAGUGUUAGUUGGCUAUUGAAUCACGAGACGGAUCCGACCGGUACCGCACACGCAAACAAUGAAUUGACACGUUAUACUGUCGGUCACGCGGUCGGUCAUACGUCCACACGUUGAUCACACGCACCAGAUCUCUCCACCGGCCUUCACGAUGAAGACACUCAUUGCAGUCCUCGUGCUCUUUUGCUUCUUUGCCGCAUCAGAUAGUACCAAACGCGACCCUCGACUGCAUCUCGUCUCUCCACCGGUCGCCCCCAAACAUGCUGACUUCGAUCUGUGCAGUAUCUGCUUUCAACUGAGCGGAGAGGGACUCACUGAGAUACUCAACAUCAUUCUCAAUGUUGGUCUGUUAGGGGGAUGUAAUGAACUGUGCAGUCUGAUCAAGAGUCCAGAAUUACUCCAAACUGCCUGCAACAUUGUCUGUGACGUAGUUGGUAUCAAGAUAUUUGUAGAUGUUAUCCAGCGUGUUGAUCUAGAUACCAUCUACUUCUGUGAGCUGCUGAAACUUUGUAAAGUAAACGAUCACGGUGAUGCAGAAAUCAGGUCACUCACUAUCACACCGAACGACGGGCCAGCAGGAACUGUGUUUCAAAUCAAGUUGGACUUCACAACAAGGAACGGAACGGGAACUGGAGAGUUGAUAGUUGAUGUUGAUACAAUCGAUGGACUUCCAGUCACAGGUGGAGAACUGUUGGAAUCGUUGGCUCCUGGUGCCUACAGUGUGUCAAUGAAUCUAAACACGGGAGCAGCUUGUCAGCAGGAGCCCUGUGAGUCGUGGCAGCCUGGCACAUACAAUGUGACUACAACCAUGUGCAAUGGUGAAUGUGGCAGCAGUCAUCCACACAGUCAGAUUUAUGCCAAUGCGACAAGAUCGUUCCAGAUCACUCAAUGAGAAAAGGAGACUGUUGUACUGUACUGUCGUAAUUGGCAAUGUCUGCAUGUGAUCAAUAGCUGCUGAUUUCGCUCCUUGUGUAAUUGUUGAUCGUUUCCUAUCUCUCUAACUAAGCUGCUUGUAGGUCAUUCUGUGCUACAGCUAUAUCAAUUAGAGAGUUAACAAUUGACACUUGUGUUGUU